GUCCACCUGGACCAAAUUACAAUGAUCCAAGAACUGGACAAAGUUAUCCUGGCUACCCAAUAUCGAGUCAGCCACAAGUUACAGUGGUUCAUCCCUCUAGCACCACAGUAUACCCAGCUGUCGUUAUUGCAAACAGUAUGAGCCCAAAUCCUUCGCCAUACGUAUGUAGAUCAUGUAACCAACAAAUAAUAACCAGGGUUGAAAGAACUCCAUCUUUGAGAACACAUUUGUUUGCGCUGAUGUUGUGUAUUCUUGGUUGCUGGCCGUGUGUGUGUCUUCCUUACUGCGUGGACACUUGCAAUAACGCUGAACACUAUUGUACGAAUUGCAAUGCGUACGUUGGAUCGUAUAUCGGAUAAGAGAGAAGGAUACUGGAUCCGUGUGGUUUCGGUAGAGUAGAACAGAGCUCCAUCGUAGUCUCCGUAAGCGAAUAAGUUGACAAGUUAUGACGUAGGCUCUCGAUAUCUCCUUACCGUCGUGGAUUUGUAUGCUGUCUGAAACCUAACGUAGUGACAACAUUCCCUAUGUUGCCAUAACAAUCUGUAAAACUAUUUCAUAAGUUUAAAUAUGUGAAUAUUUCAUUACUCUGUAAUAAAAGACAAUACAAGAAUACAAUUAUACACGUGAUAAAAGUACAUGAA